GCCAUUUGGCCCAUUACAGUAAAAGUUACCUCGAGAAUGACAGUGAUUCAACGGAGAAGAAGCCCGGACUGUAAUGUACUCCAUGUCGGUUAAAAGGAUUACGGUUGAUACCCUGGCGCGAGGCUCGGAGUAAGCAACACGACUGCACGCUGCUUUUUAUUUUUAUUUGUUGUAUUCAUCUAUUGCCAGUGGAAGCAGCCCAGCGUCGAAGUCGACGCGAGACGAGGCGUUGCCUUUCGGACGCCGUCAGAGAGCGAGCAGCCUAUCCCGGAGGAUCGACCGUUACACACUGGAAAUGGCUUCUACUUGUAACGUUCACGUUACAAUGGCUCGUGUCGGCAGCUAGCUAGUUCUGUCUUAACCAUGUUGUCACGGAAGGCAGUUGACUCGUGACCGAGUCGCCGGAGGACGGUACAGGAGGAGCCAGUCUCAACGACGAGAGGAGACGGAAGGUACAUCCGAGCACUCGCCUCCCAAGCGCAGAGGUCCGUGUCGCUCACUCCGGUUUUUACACCGUUCUGACGCAACCGUAUGCCGGCGCUUAACGCCAGCCUCGACACCCCGAAGGCAGCGCGAGAAGGAGGGAGGGAGGCAGCGGCCGCUCCGGGGUCCCCGACACUCAGCCGAGGAGAGGCUCCGCUGAAAUGAGAUGAGGCUCAGAAAUGGAACUGUGGCCACUGCGAUUAUUUUCUUCACGUCCUUCCUCAGCCUGUCCUGGUACACAGCGUGGCAGAAUGGCAAAGAGAAGCUGAUGGUGUACCAGCGGGAGUUCCAUGCCUUGAAAGAGCGCCUCCGCGUGGCCGAGCACAGGACGCUGCAGCGCUCGUCGGAGCUCAACCACAUCCUUGAGCAGUUCAGACGCGCCAUAGCCGACACCAACAACAGCAAAGAUGCGCUCGUAAACUUCUCGGAUGAGACACAGAAAGUACUGAAGGAUCUCUCAAACAGGAAGCCACUCCAGGUGCCAACUAUCUACCAUCACAUGCCUCACCUUCUCAACAAUGAGGGCAGCCUGCAUCCUGCUGUGCAGGUUGGGCUCGGCCGCACAGGAGUUACCAUGGUGAUGGGGAUCCCAACAGUGAAGCGGAAGGUGAAGUCUUAUCUGUCGGAGACGCUGCAUUCGCUAAUAGACAAGCUGUCCCCAGAGGAGAAACUGGAUUGCGUCAUUAUUGUCUAUGUUGGGGAGACUGACGUGGACUACGUUCACAGCGUGGUUGCUGACUUGGAAAAAGAGUUUACGACAGAGCUGAGUUCAGGCUUGCUGGAGGUGAUCUCCCCGCCAACCGCCUAUUACCCCGAACUCGCCAACCUCAAAGAGACUUUUGGAGACUCCAAAGAGCGAGUCAAAUGGCGAACCAAGCAGAAUCUGGACUAUUCCUUCCUCAUGAUGUAUGCUGUGAGCAAAGGUGUUUAUUAUGUCCAGCUGGAGGAUGACAUAGUGGCCAAGCCCAACUACUUUGCAACUAUGAAGAACUUUGCCCUGCAGCUCUCGUCGGAAGACUGGAUGAUCCUGGAGUUCUCUCAGCUGGGCUUCAUUGGCAAAAUGUUCCAGGCUCCGGACUUAAACCUCAUCGUUGAGUUCAUUUUCAUGUUCUACAAGGAGAAGCCCAUCGAUUGGUUGCUGGACCAUAUUCUCUGGGUCAAAGUCUGCAAUCCUGAGAAAGAUGCGAAACACUGCGAGCGGCAGAAGUCCAGCCUACGUGUGCGGUUCCGACCCUCCCUGUUCCAACACGUGGGACUCCAUUCUUCUCUUGCUGGAAAGAUCCAAAAGCUCACAGACAAGGACUUCCUGAAGCCACUGCUCCAUAAGAUGCAUGUCAACCCUCCAGCUGAGGUUUCCACUUCAGUGAAGGUGUAUCAGGGUCACACGCUAGAGAAGACGUACCUAGGAGAGGACUUCUUCUGGGCCAUCACUCCGACCACAGGAGACUUCAUCCUCUUCAAAUUUGACCGGCCUGUUAGUAUAGAGAAGUUCCUGUUUCGGAGCGGUAAUCAAGAGCACCCGGGGGACAAGAUCGAGAACACCACAGUGGAAAUACUGCCUGUUUCGGAACCUGGACUGCAGACCAAAGAGAAGUACAAGCGAACUGAAGACCGAUUUUACAGGAUCGGUCAGUUUCAGAAAGGUGUGGCCGAAGGUGCGGUAGAUCCUGCUUUCAAUCCCAUCAUAGCUCUUCGGCUUUCAGUUCUCAAAGACUCGGCAGUGUGGGCCAUCCUCAGUGAAAUACAUAUAAAACGGAUAGCUGGCUGACUGUUCUGGAGCGGGCACAUGAAUGGCCCCUGGGGGACCAAAACCGAUUGCUUCUGCAGGGCCUCUGGCACCCGGCAACCAGCAGUGAAGCCAUGAGAGCCACUAGAGUUGCUCGUCUGAGCUUCUCUAAGGAACGCCACCUCUCUGUACUUCCUAAAGUACUUUGUUUUGCUUCUCAUCAAUUGAUUCCUCAUAUAUAUUUUUUUCAUUUUUCCUCCUGCAUCUCCCCCUCACUCUUGUGCUCUUAGUCAUGUGUGAGAAUGUGAAUACUACUGUCCUAAAGAACGACCAUGGAGUGCGUGAAGACAUCCGUCCCCGGCUUUUUAAAGUGACUGUCGUUCAGCAGCUUUGACACAAAUCAGAAAACGCUUGGAAGAAAGAGGACAAAUCAUCACAUCGUGGGGGAACAAGUCCCCUGGCCACUGGUGUAGAUGCUGCCAAAUCCUCCUCCUGUUACUCAAUGCUGCCACCUUCGGGGCAAGCUGGGGCAUUUGCACUGUCCACUAGCGCCUCAGCAAAAGCCCACAAUGAUCGAGUACGUCGUGAUCCCUCGUGGCCAAUCGCUCUCUGUCCUCGACAGGUGACGGGAGCUCCAGAUCAAAACCAGCCCAAACAACAAUGGUUCCUUCACUCCCAGAGUAUUGUCAGCAGCCAUACUCAAAUACUCCACUUGUCUUGAAAAUCGAACUCAGGAUGAGCUCACUGAACCAAACCCCUUCCUGAAGCCAGUCAGUCACAACUUUGCCCGUACGGUAGGCCAGACUCCAUGGUAACUGCCCUAGUCCAUCCAGAAGAGGACCAUGACCUCUAUCUAUCUCACCUCCUGUCUGACAGGCUGUGUAUGACCUUAGUGUCCAUUUCUAGUAAACCAAUCAGACAUUGCCUUGGCGUCAUUCUCCUAAAGGAAUAUAUUGAUAUAUUAUUACAGCUUUGAUGAUCUAUGAAGGUGAAUUAAUUUAUUUGAAAUAAAUCUUUAAUUUGUACAAGAGGUAAAAUAUAUUUUUAUUCUAUUCAGAGAUGUUUAUGGUGGUUCAGAGUCUGUUUUAUUUGUGUAAUGUUUUACCUUUUUUUUUUUUUUUUUAAUUGCUAUUGUACAUUUUCUUUUCAUUAUUGCAGCUAAUUGUGAAGUUGCUUCUGUCUGCUGGUGCGAAGCAGCUCGGUUCACUCUGUACCAGUUUAUUUUCUCUUGAAGGGCAACGCUACGACUAGAAUGAUUCAUCUUGACUCCGUAAAGUCUGAAUGGUGAAGAUGUGAAUCUGAUUCUGUUGAAGUUGUGGGUUGAAAUUGGAGAAGAAGAAAAAUGUGCCUUAUAUCCAGAUCCCUGGCCAUCGUCUCAGCAACAUUAUUCCAAUCUCUCACUCUUGCCGACACCGAUUGCUGGAUAUACUAAUAUAUUUUAAAUAACACACACUGUCCAAUUAGCAAUUGGGUGUUAAUAACAAUAUUUCUGUGUUUUACACAAAGUGCACGUGAUAAAAAGAGAGGCGGGGUUUGUAUCAGAUUAUCGAAUGAAACUGCAUGAUUUGCA